AUGUCGAAAAUACAGGAUUCCGUUUUGAAGCGGCAAGACGAGAAUUGGAGGGAAGAUGAACGGGAUCGCAGACGUGUUCCUGCGAUCACCAAUGGCGUAAAGAACCCUGGAAAACCCAGUGUGGGAAACGUGAAAAAGGUUCUUGAAACAGCAGUUUUGGUGGCUCCAGACAGCGAAAUAGUGCGGCGCAAACUUGCACAGCGUCGUGAAACAGGGUCGUGGGCGCAGAGUCGUGUGGAAUACGCGUUUUACAAAAUCCUGCUGGGUUUGCUGCUGCUGGCGUAUGCAUGUGUGCGGUACGCGCAGUACGAAUACAAUCGCGUCAAGAUUUUGGUGCUGAAUCUGGCGUACAACCCGUCCAACACGCCGCAGUUAAUUCGACAGGACGUGCUGAAACUUCAAAAGCUUCCCAAGCGGCUGGCGGCAAUACUAGAGGCAAAACCAGACGGUGACGUUGGAGGUGGUAUAGGAGGGGUGUUGAACGAUGGCAGUGAGUUGGUGGCUUGGUCUGUUUCGGCUGGAAUCAAACACCUCAUCCUGUACGACCACGAUGGUCAUCUCAAGCGUAACGUUGACGAUUUUCGAAGCAAUGUGUUCCAUAAGCUUUCCAAAUUUUACGAUCCCAGCAACGUUCCCAAAUUUGCGAUCCGGGUCCCGCAAUGGAACAAAGUGUAUUUCAACACGCCCGGCGCGGAAUCUGGUGAGGCCAGAAAAGUGGCUAUCGAAAUCUCGCUAUUGUCGAAUCGUGAUGGCCGCGAAACAAUCAUAGAUCUGACCAAGACUAUGGCAGAACUGUGCGCUCAGAACGAGAUGAAAUUGUCCGAUAUCACUAUGAAACUUAUUGAUUCCGAACUGACACAGCUCGUGGGCCACGAGCCCGAUCUCCUGCUUUAUUUCGGACCCAGUCUUGAUCUGCAGGGCUUCCCACCAUGGCAUAUUCGUCUAACGGAGUUUUACUGGGAGCAGGACAACGACCAAGUCACGUAUGCCGUAUUCAUUCGUGGCUUGAAAAAGUACGCCUCUUGCAAAGUGAAUGUGGGCAAAUGA